UAUUAUAGGUGAAAGUAUAUAGUAGACGAAUUCUUUUUCUUAACAACGCAAUCGACCUUUUCGGUCUCUAAAACAAUCGGUAGCUGAAAAUCGCGUGAGUCUUACAAUUACCAAUUUUGAAGUAAUACAAAGAAGUGAGAAAGUAUUGUCAGAGGGAAGAGAGACAUAGUAACAUAGAGAGGAGAGUUUUUCUAACAUAAGUAGGUUUUCUAAGGUGGGAGCUUUGAAGAUGAUUUCUUUAAGAUUUGAAGAAAUAGUAGAAGAUGUAAGCACAGCUUGUUUUUGCUUUGAGAUUCGAGUUUAAUAGAAAAAUGGAGUUCCGUAUUACAAUAAAUGUAUACAAGUUAAGCCGAGCUGUGCUGAUUUCCUCCUGAUUUACAUGAUUUCAACAUUGGCUUCAACAUAACCAAAAUAGCAAUACGUUUUCAAUCAUGAGAAAGUUCAGAACAAAAAAGACAGGAAACAGAAAUUUACGUUGUUGAAGAAAUAAAUGAAAUAUUGAACUUUUCAGGCACUCUGAUAUUAAUUUUUUUCAGGAUUACCUAACGCCUGACAGCAAUAAUUUAUUAUGAAGUAUUGAAAUGUUAACUUUACACCAAUAAUAUAGUAAUUACACACAACACCACUGUUUUGCGCACAAUAUUUAUAAAAUCAAUGUUCCGCCGCAGCAAAUCGCUAGCUAGAAAAAGCACUACAGGAAAAUGCAAAUAAUAUUGCUCGCUUGCCGUCGCUUCUAUGUCAGCGGCAGCAGCGUUUUCCACGACCUGGCGUCUGUGUUGGCCUAAGCUUUUUUGCCAAUCGUCCGCAUGAUAUAAUAACGGAUUGAGCUGUUAACUCGUUUUACUAGUUGCCGCACGCCAGAGCAUUUGCUACAAAGCUGCUGCACGCGAACCUUUAGCUGAAAAUCUCCACAAGCCAAGCGCACAGUUCUUUGUUGCAAGCCGCAACAAACGGUCGUAAGCUCCCUCGAAACGCUGUUAAAGUUAAAGUGUGCGCGCGUGUCAUUAAAAUAUUGCAAAUAUUGUGUGAACCGGACUGCAAACGGGCAUCGUUAGUCGGCGCCGCUUUUAUAUAGAGUUAACGCUUCGCUUAAAGCGAUUUUUCCGUACACAAUGCGCGUCGUCCGAGUCCUUUUUGGCGUCGCGCUGUUGUUCGUUGGCUGCGAUGCUUUAGAGUUAAGUGCAGCUGCUAAUACAAAGCUCGACUUGCAGGAUCGUAGUCGGCGCAGCUUGGAUGUGGGCUGGCUGCUACGAAAUUUGCUGCUAAAUAGCGCCACUGCCAGCGAUUUGAAGGCGAAUGUGACGCGCACACUUGCCGCAUCAAGACUACCACCACCGCUGCCACCAACAACGCGACGACCGAGAACAACGCGUCCGCCAACUACACCUGCACCGCCUCCGCCACAGCCGCCAUUCAAUCCGUUCUUUAACAAGUUUGCUUUAUUUGCAAGCUCGUCAGAUUUGUUUAACCCAACGAUGCGCCCCACAACAACAACUACUACCACCACCACGACUACUGAAGCACCUGAGACACCUGAGACACCACCGCCACCGCCUCCGCCUCCGUCAAGACGUCCGCGUCCGCGCCCACGCCCAAAACCCUUUCCACGUCCACCGCCUGGUUAUAAUAGACCACCAUAUGGCUAUGGCUAUGACUAUGACUAUUUUUAUCCUUCUGGGUACGACGGCUCUCUGUCACGCGGUAACCCGCGCUUUGGUCCUAUUGAUUACGAUUAUGAUGAUGCGUCUACCGCACAGUCCGCGCCACCACCAUCGCCACCACCACCGCCAUCACCACCAGCACCACCAUCCCAGCCAUCGGCGCCACGUAAAGCCGCACGCAAUCGUCAACGCCCUGCAGCUCCACCACCACCGCCACCGCCAGCGCCAACCCAACCGGCACCACCACCAAUGCCACCAAUUAGGCGUCGACCAUCAGCAGCAUCAGCACCAUCACCACCACCGCCUCCAGCUAGAUCUCGACCACCGCCACAACCACAACGCGAUCGACUAUUGUACCAGUAUGCGCAGCCAGAUGAUACCUCAUCCAAUGAAAGCGCUGAUGAUGUAGCCGGACCGCCGGAAGCCGCACCCGAAGCAGAUAAUCCACCAGAAGAAGCAGACGAUGAUAGUAAUGCAGCACCGGAGGGCGCUGACGCGACGAACGGCGAUGUAGGUGAUGAAAAUGAAAUUCCUGAAAAUGAUGAUGAUGCUGGGCCACCGCCCGAAGUUCUAUCACCGCGUCUGCCUUCCUUUGGACGACGACCCAACGCAGGGCCAGCGCCCUCGUCACCUUUUGCCUCACCAUCUUACUAUGAUGCAAUUCCCUCUUCUCCAUAUAAUUUCGGUUCCUUUAACGCUGGCUCGGGAUUUGGUAGUUCCUCUUUCGGCUUCAGUCGUGCUAGUCCUGCUAAGGGUGGAUAUAAGUUCCGUGAUGCCUUCUCUGAUUUCCAAACCAGCUACGACGAUGGUCGCUUUCAGCCAAGCGGCUUCGGUUCAUACAAUUAGUCUUUUAUUUAGGUGUGUAAUUUGAUUUUUUAGUUUUUUAUGAACUUAUUUUUUAGAUUAUGUCUUAUCGGAAGAUCACUGUAUUUAAUCCCAUGUACUUUUUUGUUAAAUUUAUCAUGCAUAUAUUUGGUAAUUUUUUAAGAAAUCUUAUAAUAAAAAUGUAUACAA